AUGGGCCGCUGGCCUGAUCCAGCAAGCUCUUCUUAUGAUCUUACUUAGUUACAACUACGCAGGCUUAACCAUGACUUUUUGUGAUACUUUCCAGGUGUCCAUGCAGCAGGGUCUCCACCUCAGAUGUUUCCCAUGAGCCACACCGUUCCAGCACCCUCCGUUGUCGCCAACUAAGAACGCGGAAAGCCACGAAUCAAGGAUGGGUGAUUCCGCAGCCGAGACAGCAGUCCGAGUCCCCGAUGUCUGUUGCAAAGACACCCAGACGGAGCUCGCCGAGAGAGUCGCGGCGAUCCAUGUUGCCGUCGGCCCCGAUGCCGCUGACCAGAACGGUCAAGGAACCAUGGCAGAGAAUGACGCUGCGUUCUCCAAGAUGGCUGCCAACAGCCAAAGGAACGGGGUUGAUGUUGAUUCGGGAACAUCCGAAGAACUAGAUGGCGCUCACGAGUUGCUUGCCCCAAAGAGGGCUCCUGCAAGACCCAUCCUCUCUGGCCGGAAGUACUCUCUUCAGGAAAAGCCCGCGGGGAACUACUUGGCUUCUUCGGAUGCCGCAAGCUUUGGUCCUUAUGCCACGGGCCCUUCCACUCACAUCUCGCCACGGAUAGUGCGGCGGCCGACGAUAGAGUCCCAUCGAGUCUCCAUUUCAGACGCUGCGGAUUGUGUGCAGCUGAACCAAUAUAAGUUGAAAAGCGAAAUAGGCAAGGGCUCCUAUGGUGUCGUGAAGCUGGCCUACAACGAAAGUGACGACCAAUAUUAUGCCAUGAAAGUCCUCUCCAAAAAGAAGCUAUUGAAACAAUAUGGAUUUCCACGUCGGCCUCCGCCUCGAGGGUCGAAAGCUGCUGCCGGAGGACAGGCCAAGCCCAUGGCCCCGCUUGAGCGGAUCUAUCAGGAAAUAGCCAUCUUAAAGAAACUGGACCAUAUCAACGUUGUCAAGCUGAUUGAGGUACUUGAUGACCCCGCAGAAGACAACCUGUACAUGGUGUUUGACCUCCUGCGGAAAGGGCCUGUCAUGGAAGUGCCGUGUGACACCCCCUUCACUGAGGAACAGGCCCGACUCUACUUAAGGGACAUCGUCUUGGGCAUUGAAUACUUGCAUUACCAGAAGAUCAUCCACCGGGACAUCAAACCUUCCAACUUGCUCUUAGGGGAUGACGGGCACGUCAAAAUUGCCGACUUUGGAGUGAGCAAUCAGUUUGAGGGCAGCGAUGCCCAGCUCUCCAGCACUGCUGGGACUCCAGCCUUCAUGGCCCCCGAAGCCCUUUCCGAGUCUGGGAAGAGCUUCAGUGGGAAGGCACUAGAUGUCUGGGCCAUGGGGAUCACUCUGUUUUGCUUUGUGUAUGGAAAGUGUCCUUUCAUUGAUGAAUUUAUCCUCGCUCUUCACAACAAGAUCAAGAACAAGCCGGUGGAUUUCCCGGAAGAGCCUUGGAUCAGCGAGGAGUUAAAAGACCUGAUCCUGAAGAUGCUGGAAAAGAACCCUGAAACGAGGAUAACGGUCCCCGAAAUUAAGCUGCACCCUUGGGUGACAAAGUUCGGAGAGGAUCCUCUGCCUCUCGAGGAGGAGCAUUGCACAAUUGUGGAGGUCACCGAGGAGGAAGUGAAGAACUCCGUCAAAACAAUCCCGAGUUUGCCUGCUGUGAUUUUGGUGAAAGCCAUGCUGAGGAAACGAUCUUUCAGCAACCCAUUUGAGGCCCAGGCCAGGCGAGAAGAGAGAUCUAUGUCGGCUCCUGGAGACUUAUUAAUAAAGCAAGGGAGCCGAGAAGGGUUGAAGGACCCCGACCUGCCUGACGUAUCUGAAGAUGAGGCGACACCCUGAAGCCCCGAGCAUGUCUCACACUGAUCACUUAACUGCUGCUACCGUGACCAUCGUAUCCAGUGGUGUCGUCCUGCACGCCAUGCUGUUUUCAUCAACCAAAGUUUGUGACUUGCAAAAAGAAAGAGAGAGAGAGAGAUUCCUGCUUUGCAGGCGGUUGGACUCAAAGUCCCUUUGGGUCCCUUCCAACUCUACAAUCCUGUGGUUCUAUAAUAUCAACGGGAUAAUACGGUGGGAGUCCCAGCCGGUGGGACGAGAAAUGGCCCAUGGAAGAGCUGGCUCUCCGGCAACUGGCUGGCUACAUCUGUUUACGUCGUAAGACAUUUUGGUGUUGUAUACUGGACCAUGUGCCUCAUAUCUUCCAGUUGUGCUUCAUGUUGUGAUGUAUGUAGUCAGCGACAUACGGCGAUUCGA